UGUGUGAGCAAAUGUGUGUCUGUGUCAAACAGAGAGAGAGAGAGAGAGAGAGAGAGAGAGAGAAACAGAGUGAGAAGGACCAGAAGAUUGCGUUGUUGGAGUAAGUCUGUAAAUCGGCUGUAAUCUUCCCCUGGAGCUUGACACACCGCUGCUGUUCAGCACCUUUGGCCCUCAUGAGUGCUUUGUGAGGCUGAACCAGAACCUAGAGUCCAGUGCAAGAGGGAGAGAGAGAGAGAGAGAGGAAUGGAGGGGACCAGGCUGGUCAGUGUGGUGCUUGUCAGGUUUCUGGUCAUCACUGUCUUUUACUGCAAUCUCUACUUGACUGCUGCUUCGCACUGGAGCAAAGCCCUCUACCCAUCUGCAUACAGAGUGAAGAGGGGGACGCCAGCUUUCAUCAAUCCCACCUUCCAAAAGUCUGUGAAAGACAUCAACUUGCUCUACGAGAUCCUGUUGUCCGGUCUUCAUCUUGAGGAGGAGGAUCUUUUCAGUGAGGUGGAUGAAGAGCUAGCUUCUCUGCGCCGUGUCCAGACGCUGGAGGUCAUCUGCAAGGACGUGCUUCCCAGGAAGCUGUCAGAUAUCCGGCGCCUCAUCGCUGAGCUGACUCGUCGCGGCGGAUCUCUCCGGCGCGAGGACUUUGAACGCACUGUGCUGACCAUGGUCUACAUGGCGCAAAAGCUUACGCACGCGCCACCGGGCUACCAGAGGCAACUGUGGGCAGAGGCUCUGCUGGAACUACAGCAAGCUGUCAGACAGGACCUCACACUCAGGUGAGGAGGUCUCUGGACAGGAGCUGUGUGGUCAGCAGGCAGCGGUCUGGACAACAUGCGAGGGGAGUCCAGUCCAUGGGACUGUCUUUAGCACCCAAGAGCCUGGCUGAACUCAUGGAAUUUUCUCUGAACCUGUGGCAGCAGAAUUUCAGCAGGUUAAACAGGCACAGCCACCACAGUUGUACCAAAUAUCCUAUGCCGACUCUAAAUACCUAAGUCGCCUUAAAACAAGUGUACUGUGACUAAACAUGACUUAAUUUCACACGCAUAAUGUGUUGCCUUAAUAAAAAUUGUGGUUAAAUGAUUUUUAAAAUAGGUAGGUUUUGUACUGUAUCUUUAAUAUAAAAUACUGUGUUACACAGAAGCGGCAUUAUUGUUUUGCUGAAAAAGGGAAAGCAUAAUACAUAUUAAUUAGUGAAUAAGCACAUACAAGGUUAAAAAAUUAAAUGAUUAUAUUGUGCUAAUCAUUUGUAAUCUGAGUUGGUCUGCAUGGUUUUCUAUUGUACUCUUUUGCUGACCUCUAGUGGUCAUUUUUACUUUUCACUUUUACAUUUUACUUUUUUCUUAUUAGAUUCCAGCCAACAUUUACAGCUAAACAUAGUGUUAACAGUGUAUUUCUGUCAGCUACAGUAUGUUUGAAAUAGAGGCAUUCAACUAGAACUUUUUCAAUGUUUUAAGACCAGUUGAUCUAUUCUUUGUUCUUGGCCUCUUCAACUGUCUAUUUAAAUCAAUUUACAAAGAAGCUUUUGCCAGGGCAAUUUCACUCGCUUCUUCCAUGAAGCCAUGAUACAUUAAUGUUAUCAACACAGUGGGGUAACACAGAUGAAAGCAAUAACUCCCUCCCUCUGCUCCUAUUCUUCAGUGUGGUGAUCAAUGGCCCAUCCAGGCCCAUUUUAAUGGCUUGUAUAAAGAUAUAGCAGCAAUAAGAUGCUCUCGUCAGCCUUGUGAGAUCUAUUCCCCUGUUAAAAGACUGAUUGGCUGAUUACAAGUCAAAACAACAAUGCAAUGCAACAAUAAAAUGAAAAUAAUCUAUGUUUUAAAAAGUGAGAAGCUUAAAAUAACAAUAUGCUGAAUUAGCGUACUUUUGGUGAACCCCAUUAUUGAUAUUAAUUACAUCUUUCUCUGUGGAAAUGUAUCAUUGAAUUGCGGACUUUGACCUUGAAAAAUAUCCUGAAAUUUUCAGCGGAUGACACAUAUUAUGGGACAUACAUAGCCUACUAACAACAAUGGAAGGGAACCAGUGGCGUUUCUACAUUAGAUCCAGAUGACGCUGUUGUGCAGAUAGCUCAAUACAUUCGUACUUCGCGGCACAAUA